AACUGCCUCUCUCACUCGCCUCUAACCUCUUUGCGCAAAAAACCCCACUCCGGCAGCUCAAAACCCCAAUCUUCCCCGGCCUCCCCACCCAACCCUAGCACCAGAACACCCGAUGCGGCAUCUGAAGCGCGGCCGUGGCGGCUUUGACCCCGGCGACGCGGUGGUUCUCGACGUCGUGGGGCUAGGGGAGUUCGCGCGGUUGUCCCUCCCUGAGCCCCCGCCCGACGAGCUUGGGCUAUCCGCCGCCUACGACGACGCUUCAGGCCGCAUUAUGGUUUCUAUCUGCGGUGACGCUGUCUCUGCCUCCCCCGCCGACCUCGCGGUCGCCCUCGGGCUGCCGCUGGGCCCGGUCGGCCUCCUCGCGGGAUGGGAUGCGGCUGUGUUCUCCACGGCGGAGGCGAUCGGAGCCGUGAGAAGGUUUGUCUGCGAUCGCGUGCUGCUGGGAUGGGGAGAGAGCGGCUUUACGGUGUCGAUGGAGGUCGCUGCCGCGUUAAGGUUGGUAGAGGAAGGCAAGGCGUACGAGGUCGACUGGGCUGGCUUGAUUUGGGCAACGGUGAAGAGGGAGGUAGUAGCUGGCACGACACGGCGAUACGCACCGUACCUCCUCCAUCUGAUGGUGCGCCAAAGGCCGGAGCGUUUCGUUGAGGGUAAUGGGAGCUUGGCGCUUGAGAAGGGGUUGAAAGGUCAGGUAUUGCAGCAAUGCCAGUUGGAGGACGAAGAAGAAACCUCUUUGGUUUUUUGGGGCACCCAAAACUUUGGUGACUUAGAGGAAAUGCCAAUUUUUGGCAGCCAAAACAUAAGUUUUUUCCCUCAACCGCAGGAGGUGGGGGGCAAUUGCAGUUACCAAACUAUUUCACGUUUCCAAGCCCUCAUGCAACGGAUCCAAGGUUAUGUGUCUGACAUGGAGAGUAAAUACCUGGAUAAGGAAAAGACUUGCAGGGACACUCAACAUGAGGUGGAGUGCAUUAAGAAUAUGGUGAUGGAAAAGGAUCAACAAAUUGAAGCUACUGUCAAUGCUAUACGACAGGAACUUUUAGAAAGGAGUGUUGUAAUGCGAACAUUGGAAGCAGACAAGGAUCAAUUGAGCCGCAGUGUUCAACAAUACGAUAAGUUACUCAAGAAGUCUUUAGCUAAAUUUCAGGAGUAUAUGAAUAUGGUAACACGUGGGGAAGGUGUUGACUCGUAUUUGGAGAAUCUUGGUUUAACUGGUGGGCAGAAUCUCACUUGGGUGUGCCAAAUGCGUUAUCAGUGCCAGAUGACUAGGAUUCAGGAAACAUGCGAUUCAAAUUCUUUGAAGCUUCUCGAGAAUAUUACAGAAAUGGACAGGAGCAUUGCAAGCCUCAAUCGUGAAGUGGAAGGGCUAAAGAAUUGUAGAUCAAUUCCAGACCUCAACAAUGGUGUGGAAGACGAUGGUGAGGGCAAAGCAUCCCUAGCCAUGACAUUGGGUGCAUCUUGGACAGGUGAAGGAGAUCAUGUUAGCAACACCACACAAGGAGGAAAACAGCUUGUUGGUUUGGUAGGAAAGCCUGAUAAAAGGAACGACAUCAGGGAGAGCAUGGAUCUCGAUGGAGUUCGGUCAGGGGCGAAGCUCCGCAAAUGAAGCAUGCCAUGACGGUGCAGCCUCGCAGGGCCCAAGAUAUUUGGUUAAUGGUUGAUCUUGUGCCAGUAUCAUGCAAAAGUGCUGAUAAGGCUGCACCAGUGUUUUGUCAUGUGGACCUAACGUAGUGGUAUUAUUAUACAAGGUUAUCCUAACUUAGUAGCGUGUGUAACCAGUGGCAGUGAUGGUGCUAUGGUUGGACAUGAAUAAGAAGUUUCUGCAACAUGCUAUCUACCUCUCUUUAGCUCUGUUUAGUAUUGACAAGCAAUGCGUCCUAGGCACCUGGCAUUGCCAUCUAUAUUGGUGAAAUAUACUUUAUCAUAUGAGUGGAAGCAGGAAUGCACUAGCUUUGUUCUUUUGGCUU